UGCUAAUGAAUCUGUGAUGACAGGAGGAGCAAAGAGCCGAGGAGGCAGCAGGUGAAUCAUUAAGCAGCUUCUAGUUUUUACCGUCCCACCUGUUCAACAGUGUAUGAGCUGAACGAUACUGAGAGCGGAAAUGUACCGCUGUAUGUGACCGGUGUCGCUUCCCAAAUAAAAGUAAUAAUAAGAGCUCAGAGGGGACAAAAAGACGAAACCACGCCGCCACAGCCCGGAUUUAGCAGUAAAGGUGCUGAUGGAUUGAAUAAAUCGAAUGAGUCACACACCGUCUAGGCAGCUUCAGCCUGCAGAACGAGUCAGUUGUUGUGAGAGAAGGAACCUCAGAGUUGGAGCCAUGUUUUCGGCGGAGGAGAUUCUGUGCAACACGCAGCAGGUGAUCGCCGGUCUUGAGGCGCUGAAAGGAGAGAACCGCAGUCUGCUGGACAACCUGCAGGAGGCGUUGGAGAGCCGGCCGGUGUCGGAGAGCGGCAGCGUGGAGCAGGAGAAGAGCGGAAUCAUCCGCCAAUCACUGGAGAGGAUAGAGCUGGGGCUGAGUGAGGCACAGGUGAUGAUGGCGUUGUCUGCUCACCUGGGUUCACUGGAGGCCGAAAAACAGAAGCUGCGCGCUCAGGUGCGUCGCCUGUGUCAGGAGAACCAGUGGUUGAGGGACGAGCUGGCAGGUGCUCAGCAGCGGCUGCAGGACAGGGAGCAGGAGGUGGUCACCCUGGAGGAGCAGAACAGACACCUGCAGUUCAUGUCCUCCAUACGCAAAUACGACCUGGAGGAGCCGCAGCUGGAUGACAAAGGUACGAGUUCCACCAAAGAGUCUCUGGAUGACCUCUUUCCUACUGAGGACGAGGAACAGUCACAUGUGUCCCAGCCUCACCACAGCAGUGCAGCAGCCGCAGCCCAGCAGGGCGGUUAUGAGAUCCCCGCCCGCCUUCGAACACUCCACAACCUGGUCAUCCAGUACGCAUCCCAGGGUCGAUACGAGGUCGCUGUGCCACUCUGCAAACAGGCUUUGGAAGACCUGGAGAAGUCCUCAGGCCACACCCACCCAGACGUAGCCACCAUGCUGAAUAUACUGGCGCUGGUAUACAGAGACCAGAACAAAUACAAAGAAGCAGCCAACCUGCUGAACGACGCGUUGACGAUCAGAGAGAAAACUCUUGGAGUGGACCAUCCGGCUGUGGCAGCAACGCUCAACAACCUGGCGGUGCUUUAUGGGAAAAGAGGAAAAUACAAGGAAGCAGAGCCGCUGUGUAAAAGAGCUCUGGAGAUCAGAGAGAAAGUUCUGGGUACAGACCACCCAGACGUGGCCAAGCAGCUGAACAAUCUGGCUCUGCUGUGUCAGAACCAGGGGAAGUACCAGGAGGUGGAGCAGUAUUACGAACGCGCUCUGCACAUCUACCAGAGCAAACUGGGACUAGACGACGCCAACGUGGCCAAGACCAAGAACAACCUGGCAUCGUGCUAUCUAAAGCAGGGGAAAUACAGACAAGCUGAAGCACUUUACAAAGAAAUCCUGACCAGAGCACAUGAAAAGGAGUUUGGAUCUGUAGAAGGCGACGGCCGUCCCAGCUGGUCCGGUGCCGAGGACGGCGGCUCCGGACAGGACGGACUCAGUAACCUGAGGCGCAGCGGCUCCUUCACCAAACUCAGAGAGUCCAUCCGCAGAAGCAGCGAGAAACUGGUCCGCAAGCUGAAAGGAGUUGGACUGGAGGAAACGACCCCAAGGAAUGCUGGAAUGAAGAGGGCGAACUCUCUAAAUGUGUUGAAUGUUGGAGCUAGAGAGAGUCAGGACGGCGCCCAGUCGAGCCGUUUGACAGAUGUUCGAGGCCUAAGCUCCAGCACGCAGAGCCUGACAAGACGAGGGUCACUCGGUGGUACCAGCUAACACGCGCACACGCGCACACACACCCCACUUUCAGUCCCCUCAAGAAACACAGAGAUAGUUGUCACUAUUGGUGACAAAAAUCUAACUUGCAUAUGUGUUUUCUAUCCAUUAUUUUUUUUUAAAUGUAUUUGCCAUUUAGGAAAUUUUACUGCCAGCUUAAUAAUAUCACAAGUUUGGCCUCCGGUAAUGACAAGUUUCUCCAAGAAGUGAUAAAAAAUGGUGUAGUAACACAUCGACAUACAGUAUAUCUACACUGCACUAUAACCUUUCCUUCCUGUUCACUUGAAAUUUAAAAACAUUCCUUUGUGGUUAUAGACUACUUAAAACAACACUUUAUAUUUACACUGUAAGAAAACUUCACUUUCAAGGUUUUUACAUUUCCAUAUUUAAACCAGACCAUGUUUUUUAAUCUUUACUACAGUACGUUGUUUCCUAAUGCUAGUGUGCCCUUUUAGGUACAUUUAUAUUAACACUGGAAGAAGUUGCGUUAUUAAUGUUUAAGAUGUUUUAAAGAAACAACAUUGUAGAUUCUUUUUAAAUUGUAUGGACUGUUGAGAAGCACAGAGAUGUAAAGUUAUUUAUAUAAAGAUCAAAACAUGAUGUCAAAUUGUUACAUUUGGUUGACACGUUAAGCUAUCAAGUUUGACUGUUAUUUAAAUGUGUUUUGCCUUUAAAAUGUGCAGGUCAUUCUAAUUAUUAUGUCACAGCUAAUCA